AUGUUUCCGGAAAUGUAUGACGAUAGAAGAGGCGGCCGUGGCGGUGGACGUGGUGCCCCUCGCGGGCGUGGAGGUAGCCGUGGGUCUAUGAGUUCGAGGGGUGGUAGAUCAAGUGAUAGAUCACAAGAGAGAGGCAGUAGGUUUAGCGGCGGCGGCCGCGGGAGAGAUGUGGGCCGCGGAGGACGAGGCAUGGGAAGCCGAGGCGGAGGAGGGCGGAGUGACAACCGCGAUGACUUCCGUGGUAAAUUUAACAAGAACGACCAGCCCGGCGGCGCGUUACGGAAAAUCCGCUGGGACAACGUUCAGCUGACGCCGUUCCAGAAAAACUUUUACGUACCCCACCCUAAUGUCGAAAUGCGUUCCCAGGCUGAAGUGGAAGCUUACCGUAGUCAACAUCAGAUUACGGUCAAGGGGAGGGAUGUCCCUGCGCCCAGUAUGUUUUUUGAUGAAGGCGGCUUUCCUGAUUAUGCGAUGAAGGAAAUUCUCAAACAAGGCUUCCCUAAUCCGACUCCAAUUCAGGCUCAGGGAUGGCCAAUAGCUCUGUCCGGUCGGGACAUGGUGGGAAUUGCUCAAACAGGCUCAGGAAAAACCCUAGCAUAUAUUCUGCCAGCUAUUGUACACAUUAUAAAUCAACCUCGGCUCCUGAGAGAUGAAGGACCCAUAGUCCUCGUUUUAGCUCCGACCAGAGAGCUGGCCCAGCAAAUACAAACGGCCCUUCUAUCAAUGAAUGGGAUAACGAGAGAUGUCUCGGAUGGAAAUUCAAACAACAUGGAUAUAGUGGCAAAUGAAUUUGGCCAAAGUGUCCAAGUUCGUAAUACAUGUAUAUUUGGUGGAGCUCCGAAGGGUCCUCAAGGCCGCACACUUGAAAGAGGUGUCGAAAUUGUCAUUGCUACCCCGGGAAGACUUAUAGACUUUCUUGAAAAGGACACAACUAAUCUCCGUCGCUGCACUUACUUGGUACUUGACGAGGCGGACAGGAUGUUGGACAUGGGUUUUGAACCACAGAUCAGGAAGAUCAUUGAACAGAUACGACCUGAUAGACAGGUCCUUAUGUGGUCGGCAACAUGGCCAAAGGAGGUUCAGAAUUUGGCAGAGGAGUUCCUACAUGAUUACAUACAAAUCAACAUUGGGUCUCUGUCACUGUCAGCCAACCACAACAUCCUGCAAAUAGUGGAUGUGUGCGAGGAGUGGGAGAAAAAUGACAAGCUGCUCACACUACUCACUGAAAUAUCAUCCGAGGAGGAAACUAAGACCAUCAUAUUUGCUGAGACCAAGAGAAAGGUGGAUGAUAUAACCAAGAGUAUAAACCGUGCGGGCUGGCGCGCCCUCUCCAUACACGGGGACAAGAACCAGCAGGACCGGGACUACGUACUGGCGCAGUUCCGCUCCUCUAGGACCGCCAUACUGGUCGCUACGGACGUGGCGGCCAGGGGACUCGACGUGGAAGACGUGAAGUUCGUCAUCAAUUACGACUAUCCCAACAAUUCGGAGGACUACGUACACCGCAUCGGAAGGACAGGACGCUCGCAUAACACGGGGACAGCUUACACGCUCUUCACACCUAACAAUUCCGCUAAGGCUAAAGACCUGCUAUCAGUCCUACAAGAAGCUAAUCAAGUCGUCAAUCCGAAGCUCUUAGAGUUGGCGCAGUGCGGGAUGGGAUUCAAGGGGAAAUACGGUCGCGGCAGGUUCCGUGAGCGUGACGACAGCGGAGGUCGCGGUAGGGGGGGACGAGGAGGAGGGAGGUACACGGGAGACAGAGGAGGUUCGAGAUGGGACAGUAGUAAUGGUCAAGGUUCUGGAUACAACCAAAGUUCUAGUUCAGGUUACAGUCGAGACGGUUAUAACAACCGGCAGAGUUUUGGAAGCAGCCGAGAAAACAGCUUCAGUAGAGAUCGGGAAGGGUUCAGAGGUAGAGGGCGCGGGAGAGGGUUCAGCGGCGGAUACGGAAACAAUCAGGGGCAGGGGUACUCCGCCCCUAACAGUUACUACAACAUGUACUCACAGCCACCACCCUCACAUUAA